ACUUGAAGACAACUCCACGUCAGGAGGAAAUCUUCACCCUUCCGUCCCCAAAGGUGAGCAAAAAGGUGGAGACGAAGGAAAACAUGACAGACGAUGAGGAAUCAAUCCGGCGCACAGCACUGGGGAAGGCCCUGUAUGAUCUGACCCAUUCAGAGAAGGUGAUGAAUGAUCUGACGUUUGGACGGCGAGUGGGGCUUUAUGAACUGAGGGGGGAGAUCGGCUCUGGCAACUUCUCCCAGGUUAGAUUGGGAAUACAUGACCUGACCAAAGAAAAAGUGGCAGUAAAAAUCCUGGAUAAAGUGCGUUUGGAAAAACGCUCGCAGGCUCUUUUUGCCUCUGAAAUCUCUUGCAUGGAGAAGCUGGCCCACCCGAACAUAGUGCGCCUGUUUGAGGUGGUGGAAACAUUUAAGCGACUCUACCUGGUGAUGGAGUAUGCCAGUGGAGGGGAGCUGUUCUCCCGGAUCAGCAGCAGAGGGCGCCUGUCAGACCUGGAGAGCAAGCUGGUGUUUUCACAGGUCCUGUCUGCAGUGAGACAUAUGCAUGAUAAUGACAUUGUCCACAGGGACCUGAAGGCUGAGAACGUCUUUUACACCAGCACCUACUGCAUUAAAGUGGGUGACUUUGGUUUUAGUACAUCUUCCUGUCCCAGUGAUGUUCUCCACACGUUCUGUGGCUCGCCGCCUUAUGCAGCCCCUGAGCUGUUUAAAGAGAAAGGCUACAUUGGUCAAUAUGCAGAUAUCUGGGCAUUAGGUGUUUUGCUCUACUUUAUGGUGACGGCCACUAUGCCAUUCAAGGCUACUAACACAGGCAGAUUGAAGUGCUGUAUCCUGCAGGGCUCUUAUUCCAUUCCCUCCUUUGUUCCACAAUCAUGCCAGGAAAUCAUUAAGGGCCUCCUACGGCCAGUUCCUGUAGAUCGCCUCACUAUGCCACGGAUCAUGUCCAGUGACUGGAUGAGAGGCAUCGAAUACCCCCAGGCCUACCCUGCUUGUAGAGCGACACCCUCCCAUCUGGUUGAGUCUAACUGCAUCCUCACCUCUGAUGAAUUAAAUGUGAAGGCAAUGCUGGAGGAUCUUGGCAUCACCAAAGUCCAUCUUCUUAAUAACAGUCUAGAUUUGAGAAGCCCCGUUACUGGGGCCUAUCGGAUUUUGUUACAUCGAAUCCAGAAGAGGAGCUCUGUGGAAGCUGUGGGCUAUACCCAGACAUGCACCAAUGAAUCCCAGAACAGACUCAGAUGGAGAGCCGGCUCAGAUGGCCUGUUAAACAAGCACCAGUCUGUGGUUUGCACCAUCAUGUAG